ACCUGCAGAUUCCUGUUAGACUCGUACACAGCCUGCUGAGUCAAGUGACCGCCACUGAGACUAGUUCACCUACUGAAGGGCGGUUGUAGAGCAGAAGUGUGGAAAACCAUACAUUUUGGAGAGCAGACAUAUCCAUUUACGUAAAAUGUCUUCUUCUAGAGGAUUUGUUAUUCUUGUAUUAGUUAACGUUGUGUCAAACGGUGUAUUUUGACGGACAUACCGGAGCGCUCACAAUAAAGUUUUACAUGGUGCACUUUAUCCUUAAGCACUACAAUGCGCUACGGGAAUCAGAAAUGAGAGCAGGACCGACACUAUUUUGUUUUAGAAAGUCUUUUAAAUGGCUUGAUGCACUUUUAAUUCUCGUUUUACGCUGUACAUCUGUGGUUUAAUCAGAUAACGACGCGCUCGGACAGACUUCGGUUACUGUUACGCACAUUUUGCGUUUGGGUAGGCGACUGACACUACAAGUCAGACAUACAGACAGGCACACUUGGGACUCCGGAGAGCACAGUGGGACAGCACCAUGACCAGCCGCUGCCUCGCCUUGGUCGGAUUGUGGUGGAGCGCCUAUUACUGCAUAUUCCCGGUCGCGGGGAGUAAUCAUUCACUGGAUGGAAACAACGAAGUGCACGGUUUCAUCCACCGGCGGCUGCGGACGCACGAGAAGAGGGAGAUGCAGAAGGAGAUCCUGUCCAUCCUCGGGCUGCCACACAGACCGAGACCGCAUCUGUGGCACGGAAAGUACAACUCGGCUCCACUUUUUAUGUUGGACUUGUACAACACCAUGUCAAGCGAGGAGAAAAGCCAAGUGCAGGGCAUGCCUGACAGAUAUGAGUCUGUGCGGACAACCCAGAGUCCCCAUUUGGCCACAUAUCAAGAAACUGCCUUUUUAAAUGAUGCAGAUAUGGUGAUGAGCUUCGUGAAUUUAGUGGAGUACGACAGGGAUCUUUCUCCACAGCGCCGUCACCACAAGGAGUUUAAGUUCAACCCCUCACAGAUCCCUGAGGGCGAGGCUGUCACCGCAGCAGAGUUUCGCCUCUAUAAGGAGUGUGUGAGUCACUCCUUCCGCAACGACACCUUCUUACUCAAAGUCUAUCAGGUGGUCAAGGAGCACCCUGACAGAGAGGCAGACCUACUCCUGCUGGAGUCUCGCAGGCUGUGGGCAGCUGAAGAGGGCUGGCUUGAGUUUGACAUCACUGCCACCAGCAACCUGUGGUUGAUGAAUGCAGCACACAACCUAGGCCUGCAGGUCAGCAUGGAGACUAGCAGCGGACAGAGCAUCAGCUUCAAGGAGGUGGGGCUCGUGGGCCGUGACGGUGCACUGGAGAAGCAGCCUUUUAUGGUGGCGUUCUUUAAAGUCAGCGAAGUGCACAUCCGCACCACCCGCUCAACUGGGGGCAAACGUCGCCAGCAGAAUCGCAACCGAUCCACACAACCACAGGAGGGAUACAAAGGGCCCCCUCCACCAGAUUAUAACAGCAGCGACCAGAAGACGGCGUGUAGAAGACAUGAGCUCUAUGUCAGCUUCAGAGAGCUGGGCUGGCAGGAUUGGAUCAUUGCUCCUGAGGGCUAUGCAGCCAACUACUGUGAUGGAGAGUGCUCCUUCCCACUUAACGCCCACAUGAACGCCACCAACCACGCUAUUGUGCAGACACUGGUGCACCUGAUGAACCCUGAGAAUGUACCAAAACCAUGCUGUGCCCCCACCAAGCUGCAUGCCAUCUCAGUGCUCUACUUUGACGACAACUCCAACGUCAUACUGAAAAAAUACAAGAACAUGGUGGUGCGGGCCUGUGGCUGCCACUGACAUCAUCAGGUACCAGUAGUGCUUGGUUGAAAGAUGGGUUGGCAAAGGGCUGCAACUGCACCAGUAACUUCCUGGGUGAAGUAGAGAUCAAGUAGACACCAGUUUUCCUGCCCAAACCUUCAGCCUGCAAGGACUGUCCAUUUACAUGUUCUACUCUAAUUAUCUUGGGACAGCUCAAGACCUCCAUCUAAUAAGAUAAUUUUAAUGCAAGGCAUGAGACUAAGAGGGGACCAAAAACAACACCAUAUGGGUGUCAUCUAUAGGCAACAUUAGCCCACUCCAGUGUUGAGCAACCAAGCUGUCUAUCACCUCUCAGUUGGCUGUGGAUUGGUGUCUUCACUUUAUGGGUCUGCAAGCGAGUGAAUGUGUCCGUGUGAGAGAGAGAGAGGGUAGGGGAGGAAUAGUUAGUGUUGAGGUCUGUAUAUAUUUUAUGAAAGUGUUUGCAUGAAUGCCUAAGAGGCUACUGCACCUACUCCCACAGUGAGAGGGUGUGAACUGUUGUGGGACCAGUCUGAGCACUGCUUUUCUUCUGUUCAUCCUCUCAGACAUAAAAAAAAAAUCAUGGCAGAUCGGUUCUCAGAUGAGGUUCAUGUAGUUCUCUACAGCACGUGGCCCCGGGCCGUUGACUCACCGAAAACCAACAGUAGUCGGUCUGUCAUCCAGUGGGAUGACAGAAAAUGUGUGAAAAUGGCUUGAGUCAGGUGGGAAAAGUUCAUAUUUUUCUUUACUCAAACAAUCUAAUGCUAAAUAUGUAUGAUUGGAAGCUGUAGAUUCACAUUUCCUUCCUUUUUCCUAAUGUAUUUUUUUUCCACAAGCCAUAUUUGCCUUCCUAAAAUAUAAUAUAGUGACUGCAGGCUAUUUUAAUAGUGCGCUGCUCCAAAUAUCCCCUCCGUGUCAAUAUUUGCCAGGCUCACGCUGCGCUGCAAAUCACCAGACUGAUUCAACAUGAUGCAUGUCGUGGCUAAACUGAUGUUUUUCUCCAAAGAAACGAAGACUAAAGCCGUAUCCCUCCAACAUACCGCAUAUGGCCAGCUCCAUGUUGCUUUACUCACAAAGUUAACAAACGUUUCCACCCCUGACAACCCAUCAAGAGAUUGUGGAAAAACAUUCAGCAAGUCAAAAACAGCCAGCAGAACGUUCCUGUGCCAGCUUUCUGAAAUUAGCCCUUUGCUUUUUCAACCCUGAAGGUAAAAUUAUGUUGAGAUUUGUGUCCAGUGCUGACAUCUUUGUUACUGUGAGCUUUGAAUGAUGUGGAGUCUUUUAGAGAGCAUAUUUUAAAUGAACUAAUACCAGUAAGAUUCAAAAUACUUUAUGUGCCUAACCAACCAAAUUACAAAAUAUACCUCUGGUAAGCUGCUGUUUACAUUUGUGAUCAUGUUUAGACUGUUUUUGUAAAUACUUGUA